GGAGUCUGUCUGCUGAGGGGUUCCAGGCCUCCUUCAGGGAGCUGUGGGGUAUCGGAGGAGACAGCAGCUGGAGACAAGCACUAGGGGUUGGGACAAGCUGAGCACGUCCACCCCUACAGGACUAGUCUCCAGCAGAGUGGAGAGUAACAGCCUGUGUCCCUAUUGCUCAAGGUCUCCCUUGGAGGCCUACAGUGGGGCCAGAAAGGCCAGGGUGUUCUUACUGGGGAGACUGUGAGUCUCAGCUGUGUAAAGGCCUUACCUCUCUACUCCCCAACCCACCCCUCAGGUUUCCUUUGGGAAAGGAAGCCCCUGCCUGGGGUAGGGGAGUGGUGACUGGUCCACCAGGACCUGUGUCUGAGAAGCAGGCCUCUUCCAGGUAGAUUUACUUGGAAAUUUCAUUCAAAUGGAUAUUGGUGCCUUAGCUCUUCUUGGGGAACCCAUGGGGUGGAGAGGACCCGGACUAGGCUCUCCCUUACUCUUCUGGGCCUACCUGGCUGCUGCUGGGACUGCCCACCUGCCUCAGGACCUCCAGGCUGGGAGGCCCAUCACACCCGCGUGCAGCGUCACCCUGUGUCGGCUCCCACCGCUGCACCCUGGGGCCACUUCCCCCUUGUCCUUGUCCAAGGCCCUGGGGAGUGCUGCCCUUCUUGAGGCCAUUCUUCCCCGGCCCCUCCUCCCUUCCGUUUCCGUGGCCCUGGCUGGCGGGCUAGACAGGGGGGGCCCGGCAGGCAUCGGAGGCUCCUGCCCGCCCCUUCCCCUCUGUGGCCCGCCCCAGGGCCUGGGCCAACUGAAACCUCAGGAGGAGGAAGCAUCGAAUCAGGAACUGGCCUGUUGGCAGGGUUGGCUGGGCCUGAGUCGGUCUUCGGUGGCCCCCGGAGCAGCUGCCUGAGCGGACAGCACUAUGGGCUUCUCUUCAGAGCUGUGCAGCCCCAAGGGCCAUGGGGCACUUCAGCAAAUGCAGGAGGCCGAGCUCCGGCUGCUGGAGGGCAUGAGGAAGUGGAUGGCCCAGCGGGUCAAGAGUGACCGGGAGUAUGCCGGGCUGCUGCACCACAUGUCCCUACAAGACAGUGGGGGCCAGAGCCGGGGCGGCCCCGACAGCCCCAUCGGCCAGUCCUGGGCAGAGAUCACCAGUCAGACGGAGGGCCUGAGCCGACUGCUGAGGCAGCACGCGGAAGACCUGAACUCGGGGCCCCUGAACAAGCUGAGCCUGCUGAUCCGGGAGCGGCAGCAGCUGCGCAGGACCUACAGUGAGCAGUGGCAGCAGCUGCAGCAGGAUCUCACCAAGACCCACAGCCAGGACAUUGAGAAGCUGAAGAGCCAGUACCGAGCCUUGGCACGGGACAGCGCCCAGGCCAGGCGCAAGUACCAGGAGGCCAGCAAAGACAAGGAUCGUGACAGGGCCAAGGACAAGUAUGUGCGCAGCCUGUGGAAGCUCUUCGCUCACCAUAACCGCUAUGUGCUUGGUGUGCGGGCUGCGCAGCUGCACCACCAGCACCACCACCAGCUCAUGCUGCCUGGCCUGCUCCAGUCACUACAGGACCUGCACCAAGAGAUGGCAUGCAUCCUGAAAGAGAUCCUGCAAGAAUACCUGGAGAUUAGCAGCCUGGUGCAGGACGAAAUGGUGGCCAUUCACCGGGAGAUGGCUGCGGCCGCUGCCCGCAUCCAGCCGGAGGCCGAGUACCAUGGCUUCUUGCGACAGUAUGGGUCCACACCUGAGGUCCCACCCUGUGUCACCUUUGACGAGUCACUGCUCGAGGAGGGUGAACCCCUGGAACCUGGGGAGCUGCAGUUGAACGAGCUGACCGUGGAGAGCGUGCAGCACACGCUGACCUCAGUGACAGAUGAACUGGCGGCGGCCACCAAGACAGUGUUCAGCCGGCAGGAGGUAGUCAGUCAGCUGCAGCGUGAGCUGCGGAAUGAGGAGCAGAACAUCCACCCCCGGCAGCGGGUUUACCUGCUGGGCAAGAGGCAGGUGUUGCAGGAGGAGCUGCAGGGGCUGCAGGUGGCGCUGUGCAGCCAGGCCAAGCUGCAGGCCCAGCAGGAGCUGCUGCAGGCCAAGCUGGAGCAGCUGGGCCCCGGUGAGCCCCCGCCUGUGCCGCUCCUGCAGGACGACUGCCACUCCACCUCGUCCUCGGAGCCGGAGCGGGAAGGGGGAAGGACGCCCACCCUGGAGAUUCUUAAGAGCCACAUCUCAGGAAUCUUUCGCCCCAAGUUCUCGCUUCCCCCACCACUGCAGCUUGUGCCUGAGGUGCAGAAGCCCCUGCAUGAGCAGCUGUGGUACCAUGGCGCCAUCCCACGGGCAGAGGUGGCUGAGCUUCUGACACAAUCUGGGGACUUCCUGGUGCGGGAGAGCCAGGGCAAGCAGGAGUAUGUGCUGUCAGUGCUGUGGGAUGGCCAGCCCCGGCACUUCAUCAUCCAGUCUGCUGAUAACCUGUACCGACUAGAAGGCGACGGCUUUCCCAGCAUCCCCUUGCUCAUAGACCACUUGCUGCGCUCCCAGCAGCCCCUCACCAAGAAGAGCGGUAUUGUCCUGAACAGAGCCGUGCCCAAGGACAAGUGGGUGCUGAACCAUGAGGACCUGGUGUUGGGCGAGCAGAUUGGGCGGGGGAACUUUGGUGAAGUAUUCAGUGGGCGCCUGCGAGCUGACAACACCCUCGUGGCAGUGAAAUCAUGUCGAGAGACGCUCCCACCUGACCUCAAGGCCAAAUUUCUGCAGGAAGCGAGGAUCCUGAAGCAGUACAGCCACCCCAAUAUCGUGCGUCUCAUUGGCGUCUGCACCCAGAAGCAACCCAUCUACAUCGUCAUGGAGCUCGUGCAGGGGGGUGACUUCCUGACCUUCCUUCGGACCGAGGGAGCCCGCCUGCGGAUGAAGACUCUGCUGCAGAUGGUAGGAGACGCAGCAGCCGGCAUGGAGUACCUGGAGAGCAAGUGUUGCAUCCACCGGGACCUGGCUGCUCGGAACUGCCUGGUUACAGAGAAGAAUGUCUUGAAGAUCAGUGACUUUGGGAUGUCCCGGGAGGAAGAGGACGGGAUCUACGCCGCCUCAGGGGGCCUCAGACAAGUCCCUGUGAAGUGGACGGCACCUGAGGCUCUUAACUAUGGCCGCUAUUCCUCCGAGAGCGACGUGUGGAGCUUUGGCAUCUUACUCUGGGAGACCUUCAGCCUGGGGGCCUCCCCCUACCCCAACCUCAGCAAUCAGCAGACCCGGGACUUCAUAGAAAAGGGGGGCCGCCUGCCCUGCCCCGAGCUGUGUCCCGAUGCUGUGUUCAGGCUCAUGGAACAGUGCUGGGCCUACGAGCCCAGGCAGCGGCCCAGCUUCAGCACCAUCUACCAGGAGCUACAGAGCAUCCGAAAGCGACAUCGGUGAGGCUGGGCCCUCUUCUCAAGCCAGUGGCCUCUGUCGGCAAGACUGUACCUCCUCCCCACUUCCAGCUCACACCAUGGGAUGACUCUUCACGGUCCUGGACUCUGGCCACUGGCAUAUGUGCUGCGGGUGGGGAUGCAGCUCCAUGUCUGCUGUGCAUCCCUGUUCCUGCCAGGCCUCCUCUUCCAGGCAGAAGUAAUAAAACCACUUGUGCCUGUCAAGUGCUCUUUGGCAUGUGCGCCCCGCUGGAGGGCAGGUCUUAGGAGGAAUGGAGGGCCUGUACUGCGGCCAUGGGGAAGGAGGAUGGCCAGUGUUCAGGGGGCAGAACUGACACGGUUUGGUAGCUGUUGGAUGUGAGAGGCGAGGAAGAGGGAGAGAUCAGGAUGAUAUACAGGCUUCUGACCAGAUGGUGGUGUCAUUCCUGAAACAGGAUCUCAAGCAGAGGAGCAGAGCUGCAGGAGGAUGGUGAAUUUGGAGAUGUUGUGUUUGAGGGGCCUCUGGGGAUGUUAGGUGUGACAUAUAGAUCUGGAAGCCCAGCCAGAAGUAAAGGCUGGCACUGGAGGCCUAAACGUCAUUAACUGACAAAUGUUGGAGAACAGCUGACCCUAAGGAUGUAUACAACCAUCGCGUGAGAUUCAGUAGAGAGGAGAGAGUCGGGCAAAGUUAGAGCCCCACUCAAAGGAGACUGGUGUGGCUGAAGAGAAAAAUUGCUUCUUAGAGAGUUUAUCUCUCAGGCGAGCUUCCUGAGCAAUGGGGUAGCAGAGCAGGGAGCUCUCACCUCCUCUCCUAAGUCCCCCAGAAAUCUAUAAAAUUAUCUGAAACUUUCCUAGCAGCAACAGGGAAGGUUGAGAAGAUAAGAAGGAUGAACAAAUUGAAAAGCAGAAACAGGAAAGAUAUGUAGCACCAAAGAACAAAGCAGUAAGAACUUUGAGGCAAAAUGGCCACCCUUCAAGAAAGUUUAGGAAGCGGAUGACAUCUGUUUCCAAAGAGAUAAAAGCCCUAUAACUUCUUUACACAUGAGGAAACCAGUUAGAGUAUGAGCAAAUGAAAGUAUUAAGUCAAAUUACAUCUCAAUUGGAAGUGGUAGAAAGCAGAACUGACAAACUUCUGCUUCUGGGGAGGAUGUGGUAGGUCCGAGCAGGCCACCACUCCCAUCAAAACAAUCAGCAGGGGACAAAUAAGAUGAAAAUCAUUAUUUUUAAAGAGAAUGGAGAGUGGUGGAAUACGAACCAGAUGAACUAAGAUUUCAAGAAGGAAAGGGUCCCUCCCAGGUGAACUAAUGAUGAGUGGCUAUUCCCUGAAACAUCUGCUGAUUUUGGACAUCUCUAAUGAUCAAAGUUGCCCCAAACAGAGAGACUCUACUAAGAAAAAGAGAAAUGAGCCAGUAGUUUUUGGUGCUUACAGGGACUAUGCUAUGGAUUGGACUCACGAGGAGCCCAAAAUGCAAAGCUAGUUCUCCCCAUGGAACAUUUGCUGAGUUCUGGAACCGUGUGAGCAACUGGGAAGGCAUGUCCAACAGUCUCGUGGUGUUUAGAGGGAGGGGGCCUGAAACAAAUAAGUGGUUCGCCUCUCAAGAUAUCCAGAUCUCGAACCUGUGUGGAUUGGGAGGCUAAAAAGCUAACUCCAAAAUCUCUGAAGAGCAGAACUUGAAGGACUCAGAGAGACAGACUGGCCAGGCUUUCAACCCCAAAUCCAAGAGGGCCACUCCUAAAGGACAGAGACAAUGUAGAGGAGGGCUGAGUUUUACCAGAACUAUAACUCUGCCCCAACUUGGCACCUGAAUUCCUCGAGGUGACUAGCUUCUUCAGAGUGGGGAAUUGAGGAGAGGAAGAACAUAGUUUGCAUGAAGUACCUACUUUUUAUACCCAAUAUGCAACAUGCAGACAAAAAUUAUUAAAUACGCAAAAGAAAAAUGGGGUCAGUGCACAAGAGAAAGACAACAGAAGUAAACCCACAGAUGAUCCAAAUAUUAUAGUUGGCAGAUAAGGAUUUUGAAAUAACUAUGAUUAACAUGUUAAAUGGAGAAAAAAGAUGGACAAAAUAGAUGCAAAUAUGGAGAAGUUCAACAGAGUUGGAAUCUACUUAAAAAGAAUCAAAGGAGAAAGUAGAACUGAAAAAUACCAUCUCCGAAGUUACAAACUCAUUGGCUACCUUUCAUAAAAAUUCAUAGAACGAAAGGAUAAAGUCACAAUCAUAGAGACUGAAUACAUCAGGAGAAAGAAUUAGUGAACUUGAAGAUAGAUUGCUAGAAGGUAUCUAAACUGAAAUAAAGAGAGAAAAAAAGAAUG